CUACGUUUCUAUGCUUUCUCCUAAUAAGAAUUUAAUAACAAAAACCCUACGUCAAACUGACAGUACAAAAACAUGUGCUGACAUCGACAGUUGACAACCACGAUUUGUGAAACGGUAGGCUGCCUGUGUUGGAUUGGAUGCGAAUUUUACUAAAUUAAUAAAAUAUUGUGCUCCAGGUGCGAAUAGAGAGUUCCAUCAUGAGUGCGAUAAUGAAGGCAGCAAUGUCUCGUAGUCCUGCAUCACUGGCAACACAUGUCUAUCGAAACCUGCGAGCUUUUACCCCUGCGGUUACCCAGAGAAAGGCAUCAUCAAACACUAACAGUACUAAGGCAUACACUGUAAUAGAUCAUAAACACGAUGCAUUGGUCAUUGGUGCUGGAGGAGCAGGACUUCGUGCAGCAUUUGGUCUUGUACAAGAAGGAUUCAAGACUGCUGUUGUAACUAAACUGUUCCCUACUAGAUCUCACACUGUUGCUGCCCAAGGGGGCAUUAAUGCAGCUCUAGGCAACAUGGAACAAGACAACUGGCUUUGGCAUAUGUAUGACACCGUAAAGGGAUCUGAUUGGCUAGGUGAUCAGGAUGCCAUCCAUUAUAUGACAAGAGAGGCACCUCAUGCUGUUAUUGAGCUGGACAACUAUGGUGUACCAUUCUCACGUACUCCAGAAGGGAAAAUAUACCAAAGAGCCUUCGGUGGGCAGUCCUUACAGUUUGGAAAAGGUGGACAGGCCCAUAGAUGCUGUGCAGUGGCUGACAGAACUGGUCACUCUCUUCUGCACACACUGUAUGGACAAUCACUGAGAUACGACUGUGAAUAUUUCAUAGAAUACUUUGCAUUGGAUUUAUUGAUGGAGGAUGGUGUCUGCAAAGGAUGCAUCGCAAUCAAUCUAGAAGAUGGGACAUUGCACAGGUUCCAAGCUAAGAACACGAUAUUGGCGACGGGCGGCACCGGUCGGUCGUACUUCAGUUGCACGUCUGCACACACUUGCACGGGCGACGGCACUGCCAUGGCCGCCCGCGCGGGUCUACAGAACGAAGACAUGGAGUUCGUACAGUUCCACCCCACUGGUAUCUACGGCGCCGGCUGCCUAAUGACGGAAGGUUGUCGCGGUGAAGGUGGUUUUCUCGUGAACGCAAAGGGCGAACGAUUCAUGGAGCGAUACGCUCCAGUCGCCAAGGAUCUCGCUAGUCGCGACGUGGUCUCUAGAGCUAUGACUGUCGAAAUCAUGGAAGGUCGCGGUUGCGGACCGGAUAAGGACCACGUAUACUUGCAACUGCACCACUUACCCCCGGAACAACUCAAGCAGCGUCUACCCGGCAUUUCGGAAACCGCCAUGAUCUUCGCCGGAGUCGACGUCACAAAGGAACCCAUUCCAGUACUACCCACAGUGCAUUACAAUAUGGGCGGCACCCCAACCAACUACCGAGGAGAGGUCAUAACCCAUUACAACGGGCAAGACAAAGUAGUGCCUGGUCUAUUCGCGGCUGGUGAAGCUUCGUGCGCUUCAGUUCACGGCGCUAACAGACUCGGCGCCAACUCCCUGCUGGACAUCGUAGUGUUCGGCCGCGCGUGCGCACUCACCAUCAAGGAGAUCGCUAAACCGGGAGACACUCAGGCGCCCCUCAAGGAUUCUACUGGCGAGAAGAGUAUUGCCAACUUGGACCAGAUCCGAUACGCGAACGGUCCAUUGUCAACGGCGGAACUGCGCCUGCUCAUGCAGAAAUGCAUGCAGAAAAAUGCGGCUGUCUUCAGACAGAAGAGCACAUUAGAGGAAGGCCAAAAACAGAUCCACGAAAUUUACGGGCAGUUCAAAGACGUGCGCAUUUCGGACCGCUCGUUGAUCUGGAACAGCGAUUUGAUUGAGACAUUGGAGCUACAGAAUCUGCUCAUCAACUCGGUUCAGAUCGUGGAAGGCGCGCUCGCCAGGGAAGAGUCCCGAGGGGCGCACGCCAGAGAGGACUUCAAGACCAGACGCGAUGAAUUGGACUACUCCAAACCUUUGGAUGGACAGACCGAACUACCGUUCGAGAAACACUGGCGGAAGCACACGAUGGCGGAGACUGACUGCGAGACGGGCGCGACGAAGCUGUCAUACCGGCCCGUUAUAGAUGGCACACUCGACGCGGGAGAAUGCAAGACAGUACCGCCCGUUAUCAGGACUUACUGAGCUGCCAGAUAAUUAUGCCGACUGUUGUAACGGGUGCUGGACUGAGCCGAACAGUAUUAUCACUGCACAAGACUCGGCUCGGGCGAAACCGUGUUCAUUCUCUAUCGUUAAGAUAAUAUUAUGUCUCAUUACAUCUAUUUAUUUUAGCAUAGCGUCUUUUAAGUGUAACAGAACAUACAGUAAGUGCUCCGCAUAACUAAUUGUCUCAGAUCCAAAGCCACGUACAAAUUAGUGCCAGAAGACAUUGUUACCGUUUUUAUAUGCACAUUAUUAUGUAAAUGAAAUGUAACUAUAUUAUAUUAUAGAGUGCAGCAUUUAUUAUGUUACGAUUUUAACGUUGUGAUGAUGGUCUCAGCAGAACCAUAGUACUUAAUAAAUUAAAUUUUAUGAUAUACAAGGAAAUUCCGCAAUGUAAAUUGUUAUUUUAUUUUUUUGGUUUGUUUUAACACGAUAAAUAUUUCUAUCAUACAAAAAUCAUUUCGGCUCUUUGAAACUCACUAGAGAAAAUUUGUUAAUUACCACCGCAACUAUUAAUUUUAAUUUAAUAAAAAACGGGUUCGUAUACGUAACAAUGGGUGGGCAGAAAAUCAAAUAAAUAAUCUAUUAAUAAAGAAGAAUUAAUCAGUCAAAACUUUUUAAAAAUCAGAUUGCAUGAUUUAUUUAUUUCUUGAUGCGAUUAUGUGAAAUUUUGCAUUAAUAGAUUAUUUUAUCCCUUAUACUUUCAUGAACUGUUGUUCGGAUGGUUUUUACUGUCGAUGAAAUUGUGUAGAUUUUAAGAGUACAGAUUUGAAUAUAUUGAACUGAUAAUAAAAAACAGUGAGUUUAUUUUACCCAGAACAUCCUUAUUAUAAUUUAUUUAGAUUAUUAUUCGUACAAGUUUUUUCAUACAUACUUUUAUCCCUUUUUGCCCUCUUUAAGGUUAGAUUUUAGAAAGAACACUGAUAUCCUUUAUUCUUUAUUUCUGAUCUUUGGUAAUAAUACAAGUUUCGAGUUAACGGAAAAACGCGUAAAAAUUCAUCCAUAUAAAAACUUCAACAACCUUCCAAACCCCUUUUAGUUUAGGCAAAUUAAAAAUGACAAACUUGAUAGGUAAAUUAUUUAUAUAUGUAUUCGAGUCAAGUUUCAUGUCUAAUAACUCAAGGAAUAAGAUUUUUCGUACAAACUUUCAUCCCCUAUCUUUAACCCUUCGGGGAUGAAUUUUGAAAAAUCCUUUUUCAGAGCCCCCCUGGACACCAUAAGGAAACUACGUGACAAAUGUGGAGUCCUAAGACCCAGCGGUUUGGGCUGUCCGUUAAUUGUCAGUCAGUUAGUCUUCUUUAUAUAUAUGUAUGAUUUAGGAUUUCAACUUAAGAUAGCUUCACGCUUUACCGAGAUAAAGGGGCUUGACAGACAGAUGGACAACAAAGUGAUACUAUAAGGAUUCCUUUUUUUUUCAUUUUUCGUACGGAAAAAAAAAGUAGUCAUGACGUCACAAGAGUUUCAUUGGGCAUUUAAAACAAGCUGUAUCAAAUAUAAUCGCUCUGGAUUGUGUUAUUCAUCGGCAGAACUUGGUUGCAAAAAAUCUUUAUGAAUGACUGCAUGCAUCGCUCCAUUACGUUAUUAGAGCAGUCAACAAGAUAAAAGGCAUUUCAUAAAUUACAGAGCAUUUGGACAACUUUGUAGUGAAAAUUAUGAAGAAUUGUGAACUAUAAUUGCUUGCUGCUGCACACAGAAUUACUGGCUCUAGAAAGGCGUUUGUGUCUUGAUCGCUUUUUCAAACUAUUUGACUCAGUACGAAAUUUUCUUGAAAUGAGAGAAGAUAAACUGCGCGGAAACUUGAUUGCGUCUCGCUUAUUUGACAGACCUUUAUAAAAUAUUUAUUGACGUUAAGAGCUGAUAAGAUGGUUGAAAGUCUUGGUCAUUAAAUAAUUCUAUUAAAACAUGUUUAAGUAUUUUUAACCGACUUCAAGACUUCAGAAAAGGAGGAGGUUCUGUGUUCGACUGUAUAUACAGAAUGUUACAAAAAUACAAAUAAAUCUUGAAGGGCGUCAUAUAACGAGUCUUCUCUAAUUUUCUUAUAAUAUUUGCAUGAAGUUUUAACUUUUUAUAAAAACAGUUAUUUUUAAUGAUGACGUGUCUUAAAAUGAUCGAUAUUUAAAUUAUUCCUUCAACGCCCAAGCUUCAAGCUUUAUUUGUAUUUUUGUAACACCCUGUAUAUUUUUUUUAUGUAUGUUCACCGAUUUCUUCGUCAAUUGUGGACCGAUUUCCAAAAUUUUUUUUUCGAAAGAGUGCACUUCUAAGGUGGUCAAAAGAGUGCACUUCAAGUCAGGAUCUGAUGGUGGAAUCCGGAGAAAUCGAGGGAAACCUUCAAAUUUUAAAGGCACGCACGACGUACGACAGCAUUUCGCUAAGAAGUCAUAACAAUUUCUAUAUUAUGUUCAAACUCUGGUCAAUCCGUCUGAUAUUAAUACACUUCUGGACACAUCUAUUGGCCCACCUAGUAUUUUCAGUUUCGUUUGGUCCUAGCUAAAAUUUUAUAUUAGGUCGAGCAAAAAGUUUUUAUGCAGUUUUGAACCUGGCACAUUCAUAAUUUCAUUCAAUAGUCUUUUUUUGAAUUUCGAACACAGAAUUUAAAGAAACAUAAGACAAUUUGGAGCCUGUUUGUUGAUAUCAAACAAUCGAAUACUAAGAAAACUUGGUUUUAUUGGUUUACUUGGAUUUAAUUCUUGAAAAAGUGAUUGAUGUCUUUGGUUUUGCAACAAACAUUACUUAUUCUUAACAUUAAGGUGAGGUUCUAUCAAUAAUCUAUGGAUACUUCACCUGAAGUCGCCGCCCAAGCUGUGGCACUUAUUCAGGCCGGAUACAGCCAAAGAAACGUCAACUUAAUUUAAGCCGAUCUGCGGUCCGAAAUGUUUAUCGGAGGUACCUAGAGACUGGCGGCUUUGUUCGUCGCCAAGGAAGGCCACGAUCUCGGGUCACAAUCACAACUGAAAGGCAGGAUCGAUUCAUCGUGACGACCAGCUUGAGAAAUUGUCACCUUACCUCCAUUGAGAUACAAAAACAAAUUCGCGACUUCCACGGAGUUUCUGUGAGCGCUCGAACUGUUCGGAGAAGGUUAAAAGAACGCGAUAUGGUACCACACAAGCCAGCUAAUGGGCCCAAACUAACGCGAGCACACCGAACAGCGCGCCUUCAUUUCGCACGCAGUCAUUUAAAUUGGACACAGCAAGAUUGGAGCCGUAUACUCUUUUCUGAUGAGUCUAAAAUUGUGUUACAUGGCAAUGAUGGAAGGAAGAAGGUCUACCGACGUAAGGGAGAGCGUUUCGCACAAUGCUGCUUUGAAGAGAGGGUUGCUUAUGGUGGUGGCUCAUGGACUGUCUGGGGCGGUAUAUCCGCGAGCGGCAAAACUCAACUUGAGGUUGUUACAGGACCACGGCUGCCAACAUUAAAUGCUGAAAGGUACAUUCGUGAGUGCUUAGAACCUCACAUGAUACCAUACGCGGACUAUGUGGGCCCAAAUUUCCUUUUUAUGCAUGAUAAUGCAAGAGCCCAUGCGGCCGGCAUCGUCAGGGAAUAUCUUCGGGAUGUGAACAUCACAGUUAUGGACUGGCCAGCCAGAAGCCCAGACAUGAACCCCAUUGAGCACAUGUGGGACGAGCUAAAAAGACGUGUUAGGGCUCGUCAGCCAGUUGCCCAGACGAUGCAGGAGUUGAAAACUGCCAUAGAAGAGGAAUGGGAGAUGAUCCCUCAAAAUUUCAUAGAGCGGUUGAUAAACUCUAUGCUUAAUCGUAUGAG